UUUGUCGCCAAUGCCGAAAUCAUCAACAGUCGAGUCCUCUGCGAAGAAAGUGGAUCAACAGUCAGUGACUUUAAAGCCAGUAGAAGUAGAAAACUGCUCUUGGUUUUCGCUUAACCAGAUCUCUAGAUACCGCCUUUUCAUU